AUGAAUUUAGAAAUAGCAGCAGAGCAAGCAUUCAUAAUUGCAGAAUUGAAACAAGGUGCAUAUGUAAGGUAUGCUAAUCGAAGGGCUAUAUAUAAAGAAUUCAACCCUGGAGAUCAAGUGUACCUGCUGAUUCCAGAUUCCAGUAAUAAAUUAUAUGCCAGAUGGAUAGGACCUGCAGAAAUAGUAUCUCGUUGUAAUCCAGAUUCUUACAGAGUCAGACUGACAGAUGGUACAAUAAGAAGAGUACAUUUACACCAGCCAGAAACUACCAAAACACAACAAGCAUGGCCAACUAUCGAGAGGGAAGCUUAUGCUGUUAUUUGGAGCUUGAAAAAGUUUGAAACUUGGAUUUUUGGAUCACCUGUGGAACUGAUAACUAAUCACAAUCCGUUAACUUUCAUCACAAAGAACGCACCACAAUCUUCUAAAUUACAGAGAAGGGCUUUAGCAUUACAAAAGUAUGAUACUACAAUUUCACAUUGCCCAGGUGCUAAGUUAAGCAAUGCUGAUGCGUUGUCCAGACUAGAGACUAUUGAGUGA